CUGGCAGUAGGCGUGAGGUGAUCGAGCCUGGCUCCCACCGUAGCCUGGCUCCCUGGCGUCUGAUGAUGAGUUUGACCCCCUCCAGGGGAUGCCUCCUGGACCUGCCCUGGGAAGACAUCUUGGUUCCACAUAUCCUCUGUCAUCUGCCGCUGCAGCAGCUCCUGAGCCUGCAGAGGGUCAGCAAGUCGUUCCAGUCUCUCAUCCAGCUGUACCUGGCCAACAUGCGCUGCUUUGACUCAAGCCAGAUCGGACCUGCCAUCCCUCGAGCUGCUUUUGUUAACCUGCUGAAGGACAACGAAGUACUGCAGCAGCUGGCACUCCAGAACUGCUCCGACUGGCUGACGGACAGGGAGCUGCUCCCGGUCAUCGGGCAGAACCACCACCUGCACCAGAUCCAGCUGAAGGGCUGCGCCCAGCUCAGCCGCCACGCGCUGGUGGCCAUCUCGCUGAGCUGCCCCAACCUGCGCCGGCUCUCCCUGGCUCACUGCGAGUGGGUGGACAGCCUGUCCCUGCGCAGCCUGGCCGACCACUGCAAGGCGCUGGAGGCUGUGGACCUGACGGCCUGUCGCCAGCUGAAGGAUGAGGCCAUCUGCUACCUGGUGCAGAAGUGCGGCAGGCUCAAGUCUCUGUCGCUGGCUGUCAAUGCCAACGUGGGCGACGCGGCGGUUGAGGAGAUUGCCAAGUGCUGCCCCGAGCUGGAGCACCUGGACCUGACGGGGUGUCUGCGAGUCAAGAAUGAUUCCAUCAGGGUCCUGGCUGAGUACUGUCCCAAGCUGCGCUCGCUGAAGGUGAAGCAUUGCCACAACGUGGCCGAGUCCAGCCUGAGCAUCCUCCGAAGCCGUGGGGUGGAGCUGGAUGUGGAGCCUCCACUGCAGAGGGCUCUUGUUCUCCUGCAGGAUGUGGUUGGCUUUGCCCCUUUCAUUAACCUCCAGAUCUAGAACUGCUGCUGCUGGGGACAGGGGGGACUGACAUGACGCUGGGAUCCCGGGAGGAUGCCCGAACUGGCUGCUGCAGAGA